ACUUCCAUGACAGUAAGGGCAAGUAAGCUGUUGUUGCAAAGUUCAAAUCCAACUUUGUGUCUAGGCAAAGAGGGCAGGUCGCCCAUACGCAAUUGAUUGGGGACAACGUCACCAACACCAACAAACACUUACAGUCCUCAAAUGUCCAAUGUUGUCAUGUUAUCAUUAUGAGCGUUUGUUUGUCCUCAUGGUGUGUUUGUCCUCAAGAUGUGUUUUGCGUGGCCAGGGCACUACUCAUCUUGAGUCUAAACGACGACAUGAGGGCUCUGCGGCAUGGAACUAAAGUAUAAAAACGAGGUUUUGUACAGCGUCAACAGGUACUUUCCAUUCACCAAAAGGCAGAGACGAGGGAAAUUCUGCCCAAGAGGCUGCGACAAUCAAAGCCAAAGCAACGCAAACCAGGCAGGCCAGAGCAGUGGCAGCAACUCCAAACCCGGUUCGUCUUCCCACCAAUCGUCAUACUCGUACGGUUCUACUGCCACCUACGCUCAGCAAAAUAGCGGCUCCGAGCCCUUCAACACACAGUCGCCGCAUGUACAGGGGAACCAGGGGAACAUAGCAGCAGCAGAGAAACGUCAUCAGCAGAAUGCAGAAAGGAGUAUUGGAGCAUUCGAGUCCCAGUUUAAUGGUCAGAAUCAGGGGCAGAAUAGACAGCAAUAG